AUGUUGGACGAUGAAGUCGAUGAUGAUACGAUGAUUGGUGAAUGUGAUGGUGAGGAGGGCACUCCAUUGCCAGACUUAAUGCUCUUUGCCAUGGUCAUAGGAACAGAUUUGUUGCUUGUUGUGACUCCACUUAAUGUUGUUGUUGUUGGAGAACCUGUACUCGUCGUCGUCGUCGUUGUUGAUGGGAUCUUUGAAGAGGAUGAGUUGAGUGGCGGGGAAGAGGACAUUGACGAGAUUGACGCUGUCGAUAGAUUGAGGUUUGAUCGACCAUUCUGA